CCCCCCUUCUCUCUCUCUUUCACAAUGACCGACGUACAUGACGAUCUGGACUCGGUUCCCGCAACGCCCGACGAACUGAUUGAUAGGGACGUACUAGGUAGCCCCGCCUCACCCGGUUCUAUCAACUCUUCAGAAGCAAGCACACCUCUCGAAACCCCCAAUGAAGUCAAUCUCGAGGCACCUAAGAGGAUGCCGUCGUUACGCUCCAUCUCCGACCCCCAGAAUCCAGGACAUCCAAUGUCUGCUUCCUCCACUCACUUAGGCAUUUUGUCCACUGCAAGACGUCCCCCAGCCGCCGCCGCCGCUGCUACGCCCCAUAUGUCGAGCGGUCGUCUGCCCGAAGAUCUGAACGCAAAGAUGCGAGCUUUCCACCUGUCGCGUCAGGGCAGCUCUCCUCUAAAUUCCCAGCAGGCCAUCCCACCCAGCGGUCCUUCUCCGGGUGGUCCGGUGAUGGGUGGCAUACCUGGACGUCUUCAAAUGCCUGGGGGUGUUCAUAGACCUGGCGCGCCUUCGUUUCCCAAAUCGGCACCUUCUAUACCCUCAAUACCCCCUGCUGGUGGAGGUCUAGCAGGCAAGAGACGGUUUGGAUUUAAGCUUGGGGAUAUGGGCGGGGGUUCGCCCGCUUCUCCCGUGUCCGCGGACGCCAAUACCGGUCCCAAACCGGAGAAUCUCUCAAACGGAAACGCCCACCUGUCACAAAUGAAGCAAUUCGAAGAAUAUAUCGACUCUGAAAAGGGAUAUCUAACAUUCAGGGGCAAAGCGAUCAUUACCAACAAGGGAGUCGAUUUCUCGGACGGCUCCGUAUUCAGAAUAUCGCUUGACGAAGUAGAGAAGCUGGAUGAGUUAGGAAAGGGGAAUUAUGGUACAGUCUAUAAGGUGAAGCACAUGAAACCGAAGAUUCCUCGCUUUGGCCCCGGCCUUUCUGGGGUUAGAUCCGUCUCCCUACCGGGCACGCAAGACAAGACAGAUAGAGAGACUAAGUCUGAGUCUACUACCGGUAUGGUCAUGGCCAUGAAAGAGAUACGCCUAGAGUUGGAUGAGGCGAAAUUGACCACCAUUCUGAAGGAAUUGGUGAUCUUGCACGAAUGCGCGUCCCCGUAUAUUAUCGAGUUCUUCGGGGCCUUCUUCCAAGAAAGUGCUGUGUAUAUGUGUCUCGAAUACAUGGAUGGUGGUUCUAUCGACAAACUCUACUCGGGAGGCAUCCCCGAGAAUGUGCUUCGUAAAAUUACGUACUGCACUAUAAUGGGACUCAAAGAAUUGAAAGAUAAGCACAAUAUCAUCCACCGCGACGUCAAGCCCACGAAUAUCCUCAUAAACACUCGAGGCCAAGUGAAGAUCUGCGAUUUUGGCGUGAGUGGUAAUCUGGUGGCAAGCAUCGCGAAAACCAACAUCGGCUGCCAAAGUUACAUGGCACCCGAGCGAAUCUCCGGCGGAGCAUUCAUGCAAACCGGUGCGGGAAACGGCACAUAUAGCGUGCAAAGUGACAUAUGGAGUUUGGGUCUGACAAUCAUCGAAUGUGGUAUGGGGAAGUAUCCCUAUCCUCCAGAGGUGUCUUCGACCAUUUUCAGCCAGCUUAGCGCCAUUGUCGAAGGAGAUCCUCCCGAUUUGCCUGGACGGUAUUCCGUAGCUGCACGGGCAUUCGUUCACGGCUGUCUCAACAAGGUGCCUAAAUUACGACCAACAUACCAGGCUCUCCUAGCUUCCGAGUGGAUUCAAGACUUGACGAAGCCAGAGACUAUCACAGAAGAAGACGAGGAAAUUAACGAGAACGACGCUAGUGCUGAAGCCGUUGCCGGCGCAGCUGGGAAAUUAGACCUCAGCCACUCCAGUACGGAAGACGCAGAGGUGGCCGCAUGGGUCAACGAGGUAUUAGAAAAGAAGGAAAACGGGCAGUAUGGCGAGGCGGAAGGGCUGCCAGCACUCCACCAUGCACCGCUGGAUGCGGUGAGCCCGCUAGCCAGUCCGCAGAUUGGAAAAUAGAGAUAAUAUGGUACUUUGCAAAGGCAUUUUUUCCAUUAGACCACAAGAGCGAAGGGAAGGAUCAUCUCGCGACAUGGUGGAGCAGGUCCUCCCCAAUUUUCCCUCACGAUCACUUUGGAGAACAUAGCAUUUAUUCGGCGUACAAAUUUGGUUCAGCACACACACACAUGCACACAUAGCGAAGCCAGGGGCGGCAGCACUGUCUCAGCAUUUCUACCUAUCUCACAUCGUGUUCUCUUUUCCGCAACAAAAGGAUCUUUUGAAGUGUUUCCAUCGAAAUAAUGGCAUUUGUUUUGGGCGAAACGAGGAGUCCCUGUAUACGUAUUCGGGAUUGGGGGCUUUUUUAAAAGAAGGGGGGAGGGGAGGAUAGGCUAUUACAUCUGGGCGACUUGCGAAGGGGGGGAUUCGAUCCGUGUGCUAUUAUACAAAAAGAACGGCCGAUGGGAGAAGAAAAGAAAUCGGGAGAGAAUUCUUUUUUUUUGGUGGCCGGGAGAUAGGGGCUCUUCGUUCUAUGCAACCAUUGUAACACUUCU